GCCAGUUUAAGAUAUCAAUACAAUUAAACUCUUUCAACAUUGCCCACGAUUCCAGUCAGAGAAGAAUAAGCUCUGGUAUUUUUACUCGGGAGUUUCACGUAUUCUACAUCGGCUGCACGCGGACGGACACACGCUCUCACGAACGGCCAUGUCUAAGACGUCACGCAGUUUCGAACAGGUGUCUCAGCACUUCAAGUGUCCGAUCCACCUGGGCAAGCUGAAGGACCCGAGACGGUUACCAUGUGAACACACGCUAUGCAAGGACUGUCUGAAAGGUCUAAUCAAGUCCGCCCUAAAGCGUGACGACCUCAACGGCACGUUCGACUGCCCGGAGUGCCGGUCGCGCCACGCCAUCCCCACGACGGAAACGGAAGACUGGGCGGACUGGUUCCCGGUGGACGCAUUUUGUGCUAUCCAACUGCAGACACUGGCCCGGUUCCAGGACUCGCAAGUCUGCGAGGUGCAUUCGGACAAGUUCAAGGAGUACUACUGCUUCCACCACCGCGAGCUCUACUGUCCCGACUGCAUCAUCGCCAAGCAUACGAACGCGCCCUGCUACGCACGCAACUGCAAGGAUGCCGUGAAUGACGUCAAGAAACACGUGGGUGACCUCCUAGGACAGCUCCGUCUGCAAGAGGAGCAUGCGAUCCGCAUCUCUAACUCCAACGUGGGGCUGCGACGCACGCCGAGGACCUCCUGCAGAAGGGGGAGAAGGAAGAGUGCUGGUGAGGGCGGGAUGGAAGAGGUGCAGGUAACGGGAGAAGACGAGUUGCUGGUUAGUGAGGGGUGGAAGAGGUGCAGGAAAGGGGGAGAAGAAGAGGUGCUGGUGAGAGCGGGAUGGAAGAGGUGCAGUUCACGGGGCGCGGGACGAGAUGCAUGUUAG